GUGAGCUUGCAGCAACAAAUUUACGACCCUCUAGACGGCUCGGGCGUGCUGUACUGGCUGCUAUCUGUCGGAUGACACCCGUUUCGUCUCUCGUUCUGGUCGGAAUGUGAUGGAUGGGAUAACUUGUGUUCAGAUGUCAUCCUCUGGCUUGCGUCUUGAUCUGGCUCAAUUUCUUGAUCUGUUCUGCGUCUGCUAUGGGAUUACGGCUCGGUGCUAAUGACUUGCUUGGGAUGCUCUGUUGUGUUUAGAUGAAGGUCGAGAUCGACUCUUUCUCCGGUUACAAGAUUUACCCCAGCAAGGGCAAGCUGUUCGUUCGUGGCGACAGCAAGAUCUUCCGCUUCGCCACCUCGAAAAAUGAGUCGCUCUUCCACCAGCGCAAGAACCCGCGCAAGAUCGCCUGGACGCAGGUCUACAGGCGGAUGCACAAGAAGGGUCUGACGGAGGAGACGGUGAAGAAGCGGUCACGCAAGACCGUCAAGCACCAGCGCGGCAUCGUCGGCGCCGACCUCGCGGCCAUCGCGGCCAAGCGCAACCAAACCUCGCAGGCCCGGCUCGCGCUGCGCCAGGCUGCGAUCGCCAAGGCGAAGACCGAGAAGAAGGAGAAGGAGUCGAAGAAGGAGAAGACCAAGGCUCCCCGGACAACCACCACCGCGCCCAAGAUCUCGAAACAGCAGAUGAAGGGUGGCAAGGGCGGUCGUUAAGACCGGUCGCGUGGACUACGCUUGUUGUAUGGCUCAUGCUCUCGAUUAUCGCAUCAUCUCCGUGGCACAAUGUAUGGCAUUGCAUGCACCUCCUACGGGCGCGUGCGUCUGGGGCAAAAUUUGGGGCGGUUGCUAUGAGAGAGCCCGUAUUGCAGGUCCUUCCAGUCUCGUGGAGAAUCCCGCGAUGAAUCGGAUGAACUUUAUCGACGGAAUACCUCAGUGGUCGCGGUCACUUCCUUAUGCUGUCCGUUUGCGAAUAGCCUAUUGAACGCCGGUUGCCAACACCAGUCCAAAUAUCAAACCAAC